AUGUGCCCCACAGAGAACAAGUUGGUGUUCUCUAUAUAUAUGCUCACGGGGGAGGCAGAGCAUUGGUGGAUUAGCACCAAAUCCAUCCUGGAGAAGAGAGAUGAGCCAGUGACACGGGAGGCUUUCAGGGGGAGAUUCCUCUCCGAGUACUUUCCUGACAGCAUCUGGUACGCCAAGGAGGUGGAGUUCCUCCAGUUGACCCAAGGAGGGAAGAUGGUGACAGAGUAUGCUGAGAGGUUCAAACACCUCGGCUGUUUCUACACCCUACCACUUGAUGAGGAGUGGCGAUGCAGGAAGUUCGAGAAUGGACUUCGCGGUGAUAUCCGCUUGAUGGUGGCUCCUUUGUCCAUCAAGAACUUUGCCGCUCUGGUGGAGAAGGAUAGAGUGAUGGAGAAGAUGAAACGUGAGGGCCGAGUUCAGUGUUACAUAUGUGGAGGACCCCACCUGAGGAGCGCUUGUCCACGUAAGGAAGGUUAUCGCCGGUGCAACAACUAUGACAAGGAAGGCCACUUUGGGAAGGAUUGCCCCAACCUUGCUAGGGUAGUGACGCGCCCUCCAGUUCAGACUCCCCAUCAGCAUCAGAGGAGAGACAGAGGCAACAAGCUUCAGGUGACGAGCAGGGUGUAUGCCAUGACAGGAGCAGAGGCGACUGGUUCAGGUAAUCUGGUUGUGGGUAAUUGUGUGAUAGCUGGUAUGUCUUGCUAUUGUGAGCUUGCGGUGUCUACUCCGGCAUCAGGUUUGGUUAGGACAUCGUCCUUAUGUGCUAGGUGCCCGGUGGAGGUGGAAGGACGCAGGAACGCUCUAUCCUUCCAGGGCGAUGCACCGGACAUUGCAAGAGCUAUAGAAGCCAUGGUGGCGACUAUGGCGCAGCAGAGUACAGCUAUGAUGUAG